CAAGCUUCCCGUUCCUCGGUCUAUUAUCAUCCAAUGAUAUCGAGGGAAUCACAAGUCAGUCAAGACCACUCCCCGGAUCGAAACAAUAGUGGGCUUUGGGGCGCUGGGCAACAUCUUGGCUUUUGGUUCCAAAAUGGACUUUCCCAUCCUUGCGAUGACGUAGUAUGCUAUGCAACUUCGCAAUCCAGACUGCUCCAACACCGCAACUGACGUCACACACGAUCGCGAUCUGAGAAGCAGAUGCAGUGCCCCUCCUCACAAAAGUGAAUUUUGCUAGAGAAGCCACAGUGAUUCAGUGUGGGUAGCUAUCAGGAGCUACCUCCGCAGCUCUCUCCUACCUACUCCUCUUUGCACACGCGUGCCUGCAUCUUCAAGGUGAAUCACAAGCAAGCAACCUUCUCUCCAAGCACUACUUAAACCCCUUCUCCUCCCACCUCAAUCUCGUCUUCCUUCACCAUCACACACUCUCAUCUUCAAUCAACACAAACACUCACAAACAACAACCAACCCAAACCACCAACCACUAUCACAAUGGAGUCCCUCAAGCAAGCCGGCAACUACGUCGCUGAGACCGUUCAGCAGGCCACCUCUGGUGCUUCCAAGGAGGCCAACAAGGAGGUUGCCAAGGACGGCAACGUCCCCAUCUCCACCCGUGCCACCGCUGCCAAGGACGCCCUUGGUGACAAGAUUGACGAGACCACUCACGACAAGAAGGCCGACGUAAGUCCUCCCUCAACUACGAUCGAUCAGAUUACACGAGACUAACCGAAACCGACAGGUCCACAAGGAGGCCAUCUAAGUUCUCUCCUCCAGUAUUUCGGAUCGACAUGAGAACAACAUGAAUCGACAUGAAUCGGAAUGGCGUUGAAAGGGAAUAGCGUUGGGACUACAUAGGCUGUAUUUACCUACACCUAAUACAAACAGUCAAACACCAGAACUACUAGAGAGGGUAGAGUGAAGUGAACAUGUUGUGAUUUGAUCCUCGUAAAACAUCCAUUGCUUGAACGGAAGUAGGGUUUAAGUUUGGUCUAUUCUGAUCAGAUUUGCUCGUAUGAGGCUAUGAAUGUAAAUAUUGUACUGAGCGAAAAAGUGUAACGGUACGACACCUAAUCCCGAGCCUAUGGCUGGUGGCUGAGAAAGGGACCGCGUAUUAUGUAAAAUGUCAAAAACAUAUCUGCAUUGAAGCCUUCCUACACGAACAUAAUGUA